AUGGCAGACACAGAUGAUCUCACGUUAACAAUCCACCACCAAAGCAAACCCCACGCCCUCACCCUCCCUUCCACCUCGACGCUCGAAGACCUUUCCAACACAAUAGCCACAGCCCUCCACAUCCCCCCGGAAACGCAAAAGCUCCUCAUAUCUCCCAAACCCGGCAUGCAGAAGGCCCCAUUCCCACCCACCCCCCUAACAACGAUCCUGCCGCUUAGCUCCCCAAAAUUCAAAAUCACCCUCCUCGGCACCCCCACAAAAGCCAUCGAGACCCUGCACGCGCAAUCCGAGGAAACCGUACGCCGCGCCUCAGCGCGCGCCUCGGCCUUCGCAGCAGCCGCGAAGAAUAAACCAGCCCGGACGGCUGGUAGUGGUGGCGUCCAUACGCUCUCCGAUUCGAGUAGCUCGUACACGUUCCACCGGCUCCUGCCGUUGUCGUACUUGCCUCGUCCGGAACGGUCGCUGGAGUUCUUGAAGCGGCUGCGCGACGACCCCGGGAUCAGGGCUGCGAUGGCUAAGCAUCAGUUCUCGGUGCCGGUAUUGACGGAGAUGAAUCCUGCGGAGCAUACGACGAUGGAAUCGCGGACGCUAGGGCUGAAUCGGAAUAAGGGGGAGGUGAUUGAGUUGCGGCUGCGUACGGAUGCGUACGAUGGGUAUCGCGAUUAUCGGACUAUACGGAAGACGCUGUGUCAUGAGCUGGCGCAUUGUGUGCAUAGUGACCAUGAUCGCGCGUUUUGGGACCUGACGGCGCAGAUCGAGAAGGAGGUGGAGAGGGCGGAUUGGAAGCAUGGAGGAAAUAGACUGACUGGGCAGGACUUUUAUGUGCCGGAGGAUUGGGAGGCGGAGAAGGAUAUGGAGAUUGUUGAUGAGUGUGGCUGGACUGGGGGCGAGUUUGUGCUGGGUGGGUUGAGGGAGGAUGAGGUAGGGAUAAGGGCUGGGGCGCACGGUGCUGAGGGAAGGAGAGAGAUGUUAGCCAGAGCUGCGGAGGAGAGGAUGAGGAAGAAGAGAGACGAUGAGGGUAGAGAGGGUGGUAAUUGA